AUGCUCUUUGAAUUUCACAGGAGCCAGAACGCGAAGUGCCCCAACACUGUGCAUGCCACCUACCUGGUGUACGGGAGAAAGAAGGCCGAUGCCGAACAGCCAUCAGCCCUAAAGAAUGGUGAUGGUGACAUUGAAAUGACUAGCUCCCCACCGGAAGCCGAAUCUAUUUCUGAAGCUGUCCCUGCGUACAGCCUCUCCUUGAUUCCUGAGGACCGUCUUAGUGAUGCCCUCGCGGACUAUGACGAGGUUUUUUCUAUUCAUGUGUAUAGCAUUGGUCCCCAUCCAAAUAAGGACGUGGCAUUACUUGCUGAUGCAGCUAAUGCAACACUUAACUUGGAGAGUAAAGGAGAUGUUACCCAGCUCAGAGCCAUCAUCAACCCCCGAGCACGCCGCAGAGAACAGCAAGGCGCUGGGCUUAGAGCUGCUGCCGCUGCCGCGACUGUGAAGUCGCAGGCGAAAUCGAUCUUUCCCAAGCCACCAACUGCCCCAAGCACUUCCCAAGUCAAAGAAGCGCCGAAGGCUAGCCAAACCGUUGAAGAGACGGCUGAGAAGGCAACUUUAUCAGCUCCAGCUAAGAAGGGCUCCUCGGCCCCCAAGAGCGCUGCAAGCUCCGGUGGUAUCAUGCAGGCGUUUUCCAAGGCGGCAGCGGUAUCGAAAGCGAAGAAACAGACACCCGCAUUGAGGUCUGCUACACCAGCUAGUGUGGAGGAAUCGAUCCCGCAGCCGCUGUCUGACGAUGGAGAGGAUGAUGAGGACAUGCCCCAGCCGAAGCCAAGCCGAUCCUCCGCAAUGAAAACAAAGAAGCAAAGAGAGGAAGAACUGCGGCGGAUGAUGGAAUCGGAUGAUGAGGAAGAGAAGAAGAAGAAGAAGGAGGAGGAGGAGGAGGAGGAGGAGGAGGAGGAGGAGUCUGAACAUGAGCAACUUCCUGCAGAGGAAGAACCCAUGGCGGAGGAACCAAAAGCCCCAGAGCCAGUCAAAGAGGAACCAGCUGAGAUCAUUACUGCAACUACCAAUGGCCGGCGACGUGGUAAGAGGAAGGUUUUGCGGAAGAAGCAGAUAAUGGAUGAGCAGGGCUAUCUAGUUACGGUGACGGAACCUGCCUGGGAAUCUUUCUCAGAGGAUGAACCGCCUCCGCCCUCGAAGCCCAAGGCGACGAGCUUGGCGCCCGCUACACAGGCGACCAAGCCAAAGAAAGGAGGAAAAGGGGGGCAGGGAAGCAUUAUGUCUUGGUUUGCCAAAAAAUGA